CUUCAUGUCAAAUUUCGCGAAAGCUCGACACGUGGCAACAUCGCGAAGUGUCUUGCAGUCUGCCACAAAUUAAAAUUGAGGUUAACUAUUGGUGAUGUAGGAUGUAGGAAGGGUUUUUAAAAUUUUAAUUGGAGACAUUCCAAGAGAGGUGGCACGGUGAAAUUAUUUAAUACUACUUACAAAAAUGCUGUAGUAGUCAGUCCAGUAUACCAGUUAUUAUUAAGUGAUUGAAAUACGAGUAGUGAAUAAUUCAAUACGAUGGAUCACUGGCCGAAAGAUGUGGGGAUUUUAGCCCUAGAACUCUAUAUUCCAUCCUCGUACGUGAACCAAACGGAAUUAGAAGUGCACGAUGGUGUUUCAAGUGGAAAAUACACCAUAGGUUUAGGUCAGCAAAACAUGGGUUUCUGUACAGAUAGAGAAGACAUCAACUCCUUCUGCCUAACAGUGGUACAAAAAUUGAUGGACAAUUACAAGAUUAAACCCCAAGAAGUAGGUCGUUUAGAAGUAGGAACAGAAACAAUCAUCGAUAAAUCGAAAAGUGUUAAAAGUGUGUUGAUGCAACUAUUCGAACCUCAUGGUGUUACUGAUUUAGAGGGUAUAGAUACGACGAACGCCUGUUAUGGGGGUACAGCGGCUCUAUUAAAUUCCAUAGCCUGGAUUGAAUCGUCUUCCUGGAACGGCAGAUAUGCCAUUGCAGUAGCCGGUGAUAUAGCUGUGUACGCUAAGGGUUCUGCAAGACCUACUGGAGGUGCUGGAGCUGUAGCUAUGUUAAUAGGACCGAAUGCUCCACUGGUGUUCGACAGAGGGGUACGUGCGACUUACGUUAAACACGCCUACGAUUUUUACAAACCUGAUCUAACUUCAGAAUAUCCAGUCGUCGAUGGUAAAUUAUCGAUACAGUGCUAUCUGAACGCGUUGGAUCAAUGUUAUCAAUUAUAUAAGAAAAAAGUGGCCGAAAAGACCCAAAAGAAAGUUAAUUUGAGCGAUUUCGACGCAGUAUUAUUCCACACGCCCUAUUGCAAGCUCGUACAAAAAAGUUUAGGAAGAUUAUCUUUAAUAGACUUCUUACAGAAUCCGAAUAACGUUGGUGGGUUAGAAAAAUUCAAAAAUAUCAAAUUGGAAGACAGCUAUUUCGAUAGGGACGUAGAAAAGGCCUUUUUGGACGUCAGUAAACAGUAUUUUAUAGAUAAAACCAAACCGUCUUUACUAGUAGCAUCGCAAGUGGGUAAUACGUACACUUCAUCGUUAUACGGAGGUUUAAUUUCGCUAUUAUCGACUAAAUCGUCUCGAGAACUAUCUGGUAAUAAAAUAGUGUUGUUUUCUUACGGUUCUGGGUUAGCAGCAACGAUGUUUUCCAUCACCGUUAAACCUAAUGACGCUUUGAAUAAAAUCGUUUCACAUUUGGGGUCUCUCAAGAGGCAUUUGGAGCAGAGACAGAAAGUAGACCCGAUGAAGUUCGAGAAGUGCCUGGAAUUGAGACAGGAGACCUGUCACAAAGCUCCGUAUGAACCAGUGAGUUGUGUAGAUGGGUUCUUUCCGGGAACCUAUUAUUUGACCAAAAUAGAUGAAAUGCACAGGAGGUUCUAUCAGAGGGUACCGAAUGUCAUCAAUGGGUAUUCCUAGUAUUUACUUAGGUAUCAAAAAUGGUUGAUAGUAUUAUUUUAGUUGUAAUAGAAUGAUGUAGAGGCAGGGUUGGAAAAAACCAGGAAUAAAAAAAUAUAAGUAGGUUUUUAGUUUAUUAUGUCAAAAGUUAUUAUUAAUAAAGUUAAACAAAAAAGUAUCAAUAUCAAUGGUGAAGGAAAAUAUAACCUAAACGUUAAAAACAUUAGUAAAAUUGUAAAUUCUAAAUGUUUAUCUUAAAAAACCUAAAUUUGUUAAAUUUUCACUUUUAAACCUAAAAAACCUAGGUGCAAAAAACCUGUACCACCUGCCAACCCUGUUAAAAGGUGUGCUGUAUUUUUUUGAAACAAAAAUGGUGCUCUUUUUAUGAAAUUAUUUUUAAAAUAAAAAAAAUUUCAUAACAUAUUUUUGUACAGUUUGGAAAAAAUAUAUUUUUAAAUCGUGUUAGAGCAAAGGAAUAUUCGAAAUAUACAAAAAUUUGAAAAAAAAUUGAUUUUAUUUAUUUGAACUUAAAAUUGUUGGCUAAAAUAUUACUGUUUAAAAAAUAUUUUAAAUUGUAUUUUAUUUGUUUUUAAAUUACGGGGGAGAU